UCGAAGGUUAUGAGAUUUUUUUAAUGAGAAGUGAACCGUCAGCAUGAAGUCAUUUGUAUGAUAAAUAAAUUUCAUUGCCUUAAUUCUGAUCAGGAGAUGGUGGUCAAUCCUAAAUGCUCAUGUCACUUGCGUAUUAUCUGCCGGAAGCAACGAUACAGCAUUAACGCUCAUUACCAAUGACCGUGACUUAAUUGUGAAUCGACAAUAAAUUUCAAGCGAUUGUUGAAACAAUGACAUCAGAUACUGACGCAUCGACUUUGUGUCUGCAAUCCAAGAAAUCGCGGACUCUCGCACAGUCUGAAGUAUUACAAAAUGAGAAAGACGAAGAUGCGGAGAUUGAAGAAAAAAAUUCAAACGUCAGUGGAUGGACUCUUCUGGUUAUUCUAGGAGGAGUCACGUGCUGUUUCGGAUCAGCACUGCCAGCAGGUUUUAAUAUCGGCGUUAUGAAUAAUCCGGCGAAGAUCAUGCAACAAUUUUGCAACACGAGCUUCCAAGAACGGUACGACGUCCACCUGGAUAAUACCGCAAUGAACAUAAUCUGGGGAGCAGUUGUUUCGAUAUUUCUGAUUGGUGGAGUGACAGGUUCUCUCAUAGCGAGUUGGAUAGCCGAUCGAUAUGGGAGACGAGGAGCUCUAGCAAUUGGAAAUAUAUGUGGAGUAAUUGGUGGUAUUUUAUUCCUCCUGGUCCCUACCUUUAAUUCGGUGGAGAUCUUAAUGCUAGGACGACUGAUUGUUGGACUCUCUGGUGGCAUUGCGACCAGUGUCUUACCCACAUACGUCACAGAGAUAGCACCCUUGAAGCAACGAGGAGCAAUGGGUGUCCUGUGCCAAUUAGGAAUCACUGUUGGUGUAUUUUUUGGUCAAGUUGCUGGUCUUCAGACUGUCCUUGGUACAGCAGACCAUUGGCAUCUCAUGCUCGCCUCAUUCGCUCCACUUUGUUUAAUAUCAUUAGUAAUAUUGAAAGUUCUUCCCGAAAGCCCUAAGUAUUUAUUCAUCAUUCGGGGACAAGAGGACAGAGCCAUUCAAGAGCUCGCUCGAUUGCGAAAUGUCAAUAUUGCUCUUCUACACAAAGAGAUACAUAAUCUCCGAGAAGAAGCUAGAAUACGCACAACGAUGGACACGUGGACAAUGGGCCGUGUGUUGACUGAUCCGUCCGUUAGACUCCCAUUGCUUCUAGUAUCUUCUUUGCAAUUGGGCCAGCAAUUGAGUGGAAUCAAUGCUGUUUUUUAUUACUCCAAUGUGAUAUUUAAAGCGUCCAGUCUUGAUGACACUGAGGCACAAUAUGCAACACUUGGUACAGGACUUAUAAAUAUUGGUAUGGCUGUGAUAUCUGUUUGGAUGAUGUCACGAUUUGGCAGGAGACAGCUCUUCCUUACCAGUUCAGCGUCCAGUGUGGCUUGUCUCAUAAUCCUCUGUAUUUCAUUAAAAAUGAUCCAUUCUGCUGCCUUCAUGCCAGGAUUGUGCACAAUUGCUGUUCUUGCAUACGUUUUAUUUUAUGGAAUCGGUCUGGGGCCGAUUCCCUAUUUCAUUGGAUCCGAGUUAUUUGAAGUUGGACCGAGACCUGCUGCCAUGUCACUAGGUAGUGUCUGCAAUUGGGGAGGUAAUUUUAUCGUGGGAAUGCUCUUUCCACCAUUAGAGAAUCUCAUGGGACCUCUGGUAUUUUUAUUAUUCGCUGCAUCCACUAUAUUAGUGGGACUAUUCGCCAGGCAAUAUCUGCCAGAAACCCGGGGUGUCGAUACGUCACUGACAGCUUCGGUUUUAUCCCGAGGAUUUAGUUCUCGAAGACAUGAUGUCGAAAGUUAAUGAAUAAAAAAAAUUCCAUCCAAUUUCUCAAACGCACAAAUAUCAUCAUACAGUGGAUGUGAAUUUUUUAUUUCUCUACGAAGCAAAUAGGCGAUUAUACAUUAUCUCUAAUUGUUCAUAAAA